AAGCGAAGGAAGACUACCCUAACCUCGUGCCUGCCCGCUCGUUUCCUUGCUCCACUUCAUCCCCUCGUCGCCGCCGCCGCCGUCGCAAGCGACGAUGCUCGACAUCAACUUGUUCCGCGCCGACAAGGGCGGCAACCCGGACCUCAUCCGCGAGUCCCAGCGCAGCCGGUUCGCCUCCGUUGAGCUCGUCGAUGAGGUCAUCGCCCUCGACAUGGCAUGGCGCGGAAAGCAGUUCGACCUGGACAAGAUCCGGCAGGAGCUCAACGCUACCAGCAAGAAGAUCGGCAAGCUCAAAGCCAGCAAGCAAGAAGAGGAAGCGAAGAAGCUCAUGGAGAGCACAGACGAAAUUAAGAAGAGGUUGGCUGCCAAAGAAGUUGAGGUGCAGGAGGCCAAGAGCACCCUUGACGCCAAGGUCACGACGAUUGGCAACAUCGUGCACGAUUCCGUGCCAGUCAGCGACGAUGAGGCAAACAAUAAAAUUGUACGGACAUUUGGAGAGAAGAGAGUAGAGGAAAAUUUGAAGAAUCAUGUAGACCUUUGCAGGAUGCUUGACAUUGUCGCAUUGGAGAAGGGUGCUGAUGUGGCCGGUGGUAGGGGUUUCUAUUUAAAGGGUGAUGGUGUCUUCCUUAACCAGGCAUUGAUAAACUUCGGGCUAGCUUUUCUGAGAAAACGGGGAUUUGAGCCAAUGCAGACUCCCUUUUUCAUGAGAAAGGAGACUAUGGCAAAAUGUGCUCAGUUGGCGCAGUUUGAUGAGGAGCUUUACAAGGUUACAGGUGAUGGUGAGGACAAAUAUCUCAUAGCUACAUCAGAGCAGCCAUUAUGUGCUUAUCACCUAGGUGAUCGAAUCUACCCUGCUGAACUUCCAAUUAAAUAUGCUGGGUACUCUACAUGCUUCCGGAAGGAAGCUGGUUCUCAUGGAAGGGACACAGCUGGCAUCUUCAGAGUUCACCAAUUUGAAAAAAUUGAACAAUUCUGCAUUACAAGCCCAAAUGGCAAUGAUUCCUGGGAGAUGCAUGAAGAGAUGUUAAAAAAUUCAGAAGACUUCUAUAAAGAGAUUGGACUACCAUACCAAGUUGUUUCCAUUGUCUCUGGUGCUCUUAAUGAUGCUGCUGCUAAGAAAUAUGAUUUGGAAGCUUGGUUCCCCGCAUCAAAGACCUUCCGAGAGUUGGUGUCCUGUUCAAACUGCACUGACUUUCAGUCAAGGAGACUUGGAAUUGGGUAUGGCCAGAAAAAGAAUGAUGAGCAGUCCAAGCAGUUUGUUCAUAUGCUGAACUCCACCUUGACUGCCACUGAGAGGACACUCUGCUGUAUUCUGGAGAAUUUCCAAAAGGAGGAUGGUGUCGAGGUGCCGAAGGCACUGCAACCUUAUAUGGGUGGAAUAGAGUUCCUUCCUUUCAAGCAACCUUUGGAUGUCAAACAAGCUGCUGACUCCAAAUCAAACAAGUCCAAAUCAAAGGGAAAGGCACCUUGAGCUGGAUGAGGAACAUACUGGAAACGCAAAUGCACGUGAUGGUGGAACUGUUGGAUAUUGUGCAUCCUUAUGUUAAUUUUUGGGCCUGUCAGUACUCAUAGCAUGACUGUGGAGUUGCAGGUUUUGGUUUUACCCAUUUUGGUUUCUUGGUUACCACAUUAUCUGAUGUACUUGCCAUACUUAUAUUGCAUAGGAUUUCUUGAUAUUUGACCACCACCAUCCCUACCUGCUGUGUUUAUUAUCGCGUUACCACAGACCACUGCCUGUUCGUCCCCGAAACCACCAGGUUGUCUUUUGUAGCACGAUUAGUACCGGUAUGCUGGUGCAUUGACUUUAUCUUUUUUGAAUGAUGAUGGUGGAUUGAUGUACACUUCCUAUCGAUUCUCAAAAAGCAUUUUGUGUUAGCGGCA